AUGUCAGAUCAACAACUUCAAAGAGCUCACAACACUGAUCCAGAGGACGCAUCAGAGGAGGUGACAGAGAUGGUGUGUCUGGAGUCGGACCUGAAGGACGGACAGAUGAUGGAAGUUGAGGUGGGACAUCAUAACGUUCUGUUGAUGCGCAGUGAGGGCAAAUACAGUGCCACUGGAAACCAAUGCACGCAUUAUGGUGCCCCGCUCAGCAAAGGUGUUCUUUCAGGCCACAAAGUGCGCUGCCCGUGGCACGGUGCGUGUUUCAACGUCCACACAGGAGAUUUGGAGGAAUAUCCCGGCAUGGACUGUUUACCCUGCCACAGGGUCAAAAUUCAAAACAACAAAGUGUACGUGUCUGUAAACAAAAAGAGUCACAGACAGGCAAAAAGAAUAAAGAGCAUGUCAGCCAGAGUACCAGGACUCAAUCACACCAUCUUGCUACUUGGAGGAGGGGCUGCGUCACUAAUUUGUGCCGAGACUCUGCGGCAGGAGAACUACGGAGGCAGAAUCAUCAUGGUCACCCGGGACGAACUUUUACCUUACGACAAAACUCGACUCAGCAAGGUAAUGAAUGUGGUGAGUGACAGUAUCCUGCUGCGGAGGAUGGAGUUCUUCCACAAGUACGACAUCGAGGUGUGGCUCAGGAAAGAAGCGCUGUCGCUGGACACAGACAAGAGGACGAUAACAUUUGACGACGGCUCAGUCCAGAGCUACGACCAGCUCCUCAUCUCAACAGGCUGCAGAGCGAAGGGUCUGGAUAUGCCUGGCAUGGAGCUGGGCAACGUCAAGAUGCUGGAGACACCAGAGGACGCCCGGCAGAUCCACGCAGCCUGUGUGGGCUGCCGCAUCGUCAUCGUGGGAACCUCCUUUGUUGGCAUGGAGGUGGCAUCUUAUAUGACAGACAAGGCUGCCACCAUCACGGUGAUAGGCAGCAGUGAAAUGCCAUAUCAGAAGACCCUGGGUCCCGAGAUUGGCAGAAUCACUAUGACGAUGCUGGAAGGAAAAAAAGUGAAAUUCUACAUGAAUGAUAAUGUGACAGAGGUCCGAGGAGCAAAUGGCAAGGUGAAGGAGGUCGUACUUAAAAGUGGGAUAGUUAUUCCAGCUGAAGUUUUGAUUGUUGGAAUUGGUGUCAUUCCUAACUCCGAGUUCCUUCAAGGAAGUAAAAUACAUAUGGACGCGAAGAACUCAGUCGUGGUCGAUACGUACAUGCGCACCAAUGUCCCUGGGGUGUUCUGUGGGGGGGACCUGGCCUCCUUCCCCCUGGUAAUGGCCAAAAAACAGCGGGUCAGUAUCGGACACUGGCAGAUGGCGCAAGCACACGGGAGGAUAGCAGCCUUGAACAUGCUGGAUAGACCAACUGAGCUCAAUUCAGUUCCUUUCUACUGGACCGUCCUACUGGGUAAAACCAUCCGAUACGCAGGCUAUGGAGAGGGAUACACUGAGCUUGUACUGAAAGGAAAGCUGGAGGACCUGAAGUUCCUGGCAUUGUAUAUCAAGGACGAUGAGGUCAUAGCGGCAGCGAGCCUUGACUACGACCCGGCAGUGUCUGCAGUGGCUGAGAGGUUUGCAGCAGGGAAAGUCAUUACGAAGAAAGAGGCUCAAUCUGAUGACCUGAGCUGGCUGAAGCUGUCCUGA